CUAUACUUAUACUUCAUGGCAAUGUUUGGAGUGCUCGAUGAUUUCAUGGAAAAAAGUCCGUUUGACGGUUAAUGUUAAUUUGUUAUGACGUUGCGUUAAUACAAGUGUCGUUAAUUGAUAAUCAGGACUAUGCUCGUGACGACUAUAAUGAACGUAUAUUGGAACAUCGUCUUGGAACGGACAAUGAUGACAGGAGACGACAACAAUGAAAUCACACGAGGAUAAGUAUUGUUAUUACGAACUAUAGAGAUUUAAGAAAAAAAUGGCAACUGCACAAGGCACACCAGAAUCGGAUACGGGGAGUUUCGAAUGCUUCCAAAAUUACACCGCGCCGGAAGUAUUUAUACAGGGUUUGGCUGGUAUCGUCGAUCAACAGGACGUAGAAUCUAUGAUAAGAGCUCAGAAGCAAAUGCUGCAGAGAUUUGAGAAGACCAACGAGAUGCUAACAAAUUGCAACCAGUUAUCUGUAAAUAGACUAAAGACUGCUGGAUUGGAGUUCAAGAAGCACACGGCCUUGUUGAUUGAGAUGAAGAAGGAUUUGGAUUACAUUUUCAAAAGGAUUCGUAUCGCAAAGAACAAACUGAGUCAGCAGUAUCCUCAAGCAUUCAAUGAGGCUGUAAGAAGCAGCCUGGCAGAAGAAGUAAUAGUGGAGGACGUGGACUGCCCAGUAAAACCGCUGGAACCCGAAAUCGUUCCAUUACCGACCACACCGCAAAAUGUUACUGAUCGAGAUCCAGAUUCUGAUGUGCCGGUCGAGGAGUUUCAGUUUGCAAAGCUGCGGAAGCGACGAAUAAAGAGCAACGAUAGUUCGUCGACGGAGAGCAACAACGAUCACAGUAACGCCGAAACGUCCUCCUGCACGUCCGACACCGGUUAGAGUACUCGUUCCGGAAGUACUAUAUCAGGGACGACUGAAUAUCAGAGAUUAACGAAGACGGGGGAGAUCGUCGAAGAAAGUCUGAGUAAUCGAUGCUUUGAUACCGCCGCGAUUAAUAUCAUUAACGAUGUUCCUCGUUCGGACGAUCCCCAAAGUCCAUCGCCCAAAGAGCAAACGAGCUUGUAAUCGUAUUGCUGUACAUCGCGAGCCUGUGAAUGCUUAUCAUUGUCGAAUAACGAAUAAAGCUGUUUAUACACCGUA